AGUAGCCGUUUUCAGCAGCUGCGUCCUGUGAGCAAUUUUGAGGACCCUGCCAACUCAGAUCAGGCCGCACUGCCCACGACUUAGAAGCCAGUAUUCAUAUUUGACGCAGUGCCUAUCAUGUUCGGCGCAAUGUUCGGCAACAAGCCGGAUUCCGCAGUCAAAGCUUCCCCCGAGCCACCAGACACGAGCAGAACGCUUCUCGUAAUCGAUUCUUUCAAGGCCGUGUCACCGACUGAUUGGGCGAAGGUCUUCGCAAGGGGCGACCGACGUGCAAGUUUCCUGAGCGAUGGCAUCACGCGAGUCGUCGUGGAGCAGCAUGGCUGGGACGAUAUCAUGGUUACUAGCGAGCCGUACACGGCAUAUCAAGGUGGCAACGGCAGGGUUGCUUCCUUAGCGUAUUCCAGAAAACGAGAAAAGCAAUCUACUCUGAGAGUGCAUGUUCGUGGCAACAGUCCAAACGCAGGUGCUACAAAAACCAUCGCCCCAGACUUCAUUUUGGUACGGAACGAAUGUUACACAUCCACCCAGGAUUUCCGCAACGAGCUGUUCGGAUUCAUCCACGAUGGCAAUAUUCAGUCGGUCAACUCGCUGGAUUCGAUCUUUAGGUUCACCGAGCGUCCAAUUGUCCAUGGCGAGCUGGUGAAAUUGAAUCGAAAGUACGGCGACGGCCAAUUUCCGCUCGUUGAGCAGAGCUAUUUCAGCGGUUUCCGCAGCAUGAUGUAUGGUAAUAAGUUUCCGUGCAUUGUUAAAGUCGGUUCCGCCCACGCGGGCGACGGCAAGAUGAAAAUCGACAACCACCAUGCGUUUGAGGAUUUCCGGAGCGUGCUGAAGAUGUGCAACAGAGCUUAUUGUACGGCGGAGCCGAUGAUUGAAAACGACAAGGGCGCCGAGGAGUGGAUCGAGAGAGAGCGUAACAAGCCUGGCAGCAAUGUGGAAAUGAUUUCAUUGCCAGGCGUUGUUGGCAUUGACGGGCCUCAAAUCCCCUCUCCACCAGUGUAUGACCUGCGUAUUCAAAAGGUUGGCAAGCGCAUCCGGGCUUACAAGAAAUACAACGUCUCGGGGAAUUGGAAGUCCAAUGUAGGAACUUGUUUGAUAAAGCCGAUUCCCGAUGAAGAGAUCCCCGAGCGAUACCGUUUAUGGGCCGAGGUUGCCUCAGAGAUGUUUGGCGGCUUGGACAUCCUGACCGUGGAUGCAAUCGGCGUGUUGGUGCGCCGGGAAAGUCGCGAACGGCCUGACAGCAGUUCAGCCCCUCCUUCCUCUUUGAACGCUCAGCUAGCUGCUUCUAGCACCAUCGAGAACGACCUAGAUUUUCAUUAUAAGGAGUUCAUCAUCGAGGUGAAUGGCACGUCGUCAGGUCUACACCCCGACACCGAGGCGGAAGACAAUGACGAGAUCGCCGACCUUGUUUUACAGAGGAUGAGCGCCAUAUUUUGUUCCUGAUCGAAUCCGUCGGCGAUCUCAUCUUCAAACUAUUCGUAUCGGUGGUGAUUUCCAUUUCUCGAAACGUUUGUUGCCCCUGCUCUUACUCCUCCGCGUCCUUCUCCUCGUCCGCGUCCUCCUCACCUGCCUCCACGUCCUCCUCACUUGCCUCCUCGUCCGCGUCCUCCUCACCUGGAAUACAGUUGGACGUGAGGAAGGUGUAGUUUAGCUUGAUCGACGGUUGUGCCGAGUUGCAGGAGGAGGAUGCGGAAAGGGCUGGUGAUAUCAAGCAGGCACGAGGCCAUCGCCAAGAUUGCACGAGCUAGUCAUGCGCGGAGUUGGAGUUGGUCGCGAUGGCCAGUGCUGCCGAGUGCAGAGAGCCGCACGGCCACGACCGUUCUCUUGUGAGCCGCAAGCUGUCCAGUGCGGCACGACCACUGUAGCAGCCGUCGACUGUGCAGACUUGCUGCUGUAGCCGACUGCGGAUAGCCGCGCGGCCAGCGCUGUCAGGUGCAGCAGAUUCCAAGACCAGCCAGUGAUUCACCACCUACCAAACCACCCCAACCCAACCCGAAGGCCUCAAUUCGCCCUCC